AAAAAAAAAAAUGAAUCAAAAUAUUGACGGCGACACAGAGCUGUAGCCCGCUCUGUACAACAUGACUUUACCCUCUUAAAUUGUUUCUCCGAAUUCAUCCACACAGGAGCCUGCCUUACCUGGUCAUGGCUCAGUCCGAGGACCUCAGUCCAUCCAUGACGGCCUUGUCUGAUUUCAUGGUGCAGAGAAAGCUCCUUGGAUUUGGUGUACUCCUGGCCUGGGUCAUCCUCUUCCAUUUACUGGUUAAUGUUUGGCUGCUCUGUGUGUUCACAAGCCUCUUAGUAGUUUUAGGUGGAUGGCUUGGCUCUCAGGCUCUUCUUGAGUCUGAAAGCGUCAUCCACCUUGAGCGUUUUAUCACCCUGGACGAGAUCCAGUCUUCUGCAGACAGCGAGAUGCAUCUAGACCACGAGAUUAAGAACACCGUUUCGAAGAUCAUCCGAGACUUUGUCUCAUCAUGGUAUAACACAGUUUCUACAGAGCGUGAAUUUGAGGAUGAGAUCCACAACGCCAUGAUAUCGAUGGCAAUGGAGCUUAAACUUCGAGCAAAGAAAGUGGACAGGAAAGCUUUAACUGCAAAGAUAUUAGAUCUUUGCGGAUGUCAUCUUCAGUGCUACAUACAAGCUAAGGAAAUCAUGGCUGGAAAAGCAGGCAAGGACCGAAGUUUGAGUGCUCAUGAGAGUCUCUGGGAGGCAUACAGCAUGUCUUGCAUUUCUCACCCAGCUCUUCAGAGUUCUGCCGUAGAAGUGAACUACGCACGUGCAAUUGUGGAUUUGCUUUUACAUGUUCUUGUCCCUCCACCACAUCUUGAAACCAGAACAGGGAGAUUUGUUGUGUGUGAACUUAUAACAUGCAAUGUUCUUUUGCCUUUAAUUGCAAAGCUGUCUGAUCCAGACUGGUUAAACAUGUUAAUUGUGGAUGUGUUUACAAGGUCCAAAAAUCCAGAAACCAAACCAACUGAUGAAAUGGCAUCUUCUCCAAUAAUGGUUUUAGGUGAAGAAACGUCACAGGAUGUUGAGGUUUCAGCUUCUCUGACCUUAAAAAUCAAGCCUGACCUUCCCAGUGUGACGGAUGCGCCAACACCUUAUUUGACAAAUCCCGAUGUUCUUAAUUCUGCAGAUCUUUUCUGUCAACAGAACCAAGAGGAUGAAGGAUCAAGACAGUCAUUUUCUUCAGAGCAUCCCGGUUUCAAUUCAAAGGAUUAUUUGCGACCCCAGAAAUCAAAUCCCUUCUAUCAAGAAACAGACUCUGAUUUAGAGUCUCCUCUAAAUGAUUUCAAAAGGAGCUCCUUGGAAUCGCUGGUUCUUCUAUGUGCAGAAGAAGAAAUGUCAGAGCCAGUUACAGAAUCUUCCCUGCUUACAGAUGGAAUACUUGACCCCAAAGAUGAGCCCCAUGUCUAUUCUAAUGCACCAAGGCUUUCGGAGAUACAAGAACAACCCAUUGAUACUACUGAUGGGACAGAUGAAUUGUCUUCAAGCUUUUGUGCUCUUCGAGAGAUUGAAAAGGGUACAACGAAAUCAGAAAUGACUGGCGUGGAGACCUUAGGGUUGGUAAACUCCAAUGGACUGACUCUGUCAGAAACUCUUCAAGCUUCUUCACCUUCAGCUGGAUCCAUGCCGCUCUCUCCAUUCUCAUUCGAACCUCUCAGUAGUCCUGAAGGCCCAGUUGUUAUUCAGAACCUUCGUAUCACGGGAACCAUCACAGCUAAAGAACACAGAGGCACUGGCUCUCAUCCUUACACACUCUACACUGUAAAGUAUGAGACAGCUGCGGACUCUGAGAAUCCUGGCACAUUGCAGUCAGUGGCUUAUCACAUGGUUAAUCGGCGCUAUAGUGAAUUCCUGAACCUGCAGACCCGAUUAGAGGAGAAACCAGAAUUGCGUAAAAUUCUCAAACAUAUUAAAGGACCUAAGAAAAUCUUUCCUGACCUUCCUUUUGGAAACAUGGACAGUGACCGAGUUGAGGCCCGAAAAAGUUUAUUGGAAACGUUUCUUAAGCAACUUUGUGCAAUACCUGAAACUGCCAACAGCAUAGAAAUGCAAGAGUUUCUUGCUCUUAACACCGACGCGAGGAUUGCUUUUGUAAAGAAGCCGUUCGUCUCACGAAUCGACAAGAUUGUGAUGAAUGCUAUAGUUGAUACGCUAAAGACAGCCUUUCCCCGCUCUGAGCCACAAAGCCCCACAGAUGAAGUGGAUGUUGAGCCUGAUGGGAAAUUACCUUCAGACAGGAAGAGCAAGUCCAGGAUGAGAUUUUCCAGUAAAAUUGCCCCUGCACUUAAUGUGGCUGACAUGAAGCCGAAAGUGCUUUACUGCUUUGAUGAGGGGAGCACCGUUUUCAAUGGCCUCACCAUGAAUAGUCUAGAGGGCUUUAUCCUGGAACGGGAGCAACUUGUUAAUAAAGCAUCACUCCGUGAUGCAGAUGGAGAGCGGGACGCCAGCCUCGGGGCCAAAUGUGAUACGGAGACCUGCGCAUGUUCAAAAAAGGAGUUACAAAAUAUUGUUCCAUAUCAAGGGGAAACUGUACUUGCUGACAUGGCACUGAAUGUCCUGUGUCUGCUGAUGAAGGAUCAGUGGAGUUGGCUGUGCACUGAAAAUAUCCAAAGAAGCAUCAGACUGCUGUUUGGGACCCUCAUUGAGCGGUGGCUGGAGGUUGGAGUGGCCAAUCUAACAUGUAUGCAGUACUGGGUAACUUAUUUGCGAGUGCUGCAGCAGGCUGUGUGGCCUGGGGGAACUCUGCCCACCCAUCCCCGGCCUCUGCGGACUCAGCAGCAGAAAGUUGACACCAAAAAGCAGUCACUGCAGUGUUUGAUGAAUUUGCUUCCUGAUCUUGUUUCGGAUAUGCUGGGCUCAGAGAAGUACAAGCAUUCCUGGCAGGUCGUUCUUGAUUCUCUUCAGGAUUCUACAAUAAACAGGCAUCUGGUUUACUGUGUGUGGGAUUUGCUACUUGAAUUCCUAAUCCCUGAACUGUCUGAUGACGACUUUCAAAAGAUGCUGCUCCAGAGUCUUUCUAAAAAUGCGGAGAAGCUACCACCCUAGGAACUUUUGACAGAAACAUGUUUCAGCAACCACCUACCCUCAACGAAAUGAGUCUGGUCAGUUGAGUAGUUUCAGUGUAAGCAACAAAGAAUAUGUGCGUGGUCUGGUCUGACUCUAAUUUAGCCCUUACGUGUCUGAAUCUUGCACACAAUAUGCGCAUCUGGCCUAGCUUUGAUUAGUGGCCACCUGUUUUGCAUUUUAGCAGGCCCCGACUGAUCUCCAAAACACCCCUGGACCGGAUCUAAAUUAAGGGAGAGCCCUCUUCUCAGGCUCUUAUCCACCUUCUUCCGACAUGAACUCUGGGCAAACCUUUAACAGAUGGACUUGUAUUAAAAUGCAUUAAACUUAACUUGGCCCUGUUUGGCUGAGUUUGUAUUUAAAAUUACUUUAAGGAUACUUGUUGAGCAUUUAUUUUGAUCCUUGGCAUGGGCACAUUUGUCUCUCAUUUGCUUAUGAUUCUUAACUCUAACUUCCUGAUGUAUCUUCCUCCACUUUAUUUAGGUUGAAGUGUUUUUCCAUGUGAGCUGGCAUGAAGUUUAGUGUCAUGUUGAAACUGUACAUUCUUCAGGGGAUAUUUUACAGCUUAAUCUUGUCUGUUUAGAGGGUGGGUAAUUUCCUACUUUUUAUGGUUGGCCUUAAAGAAAAUGCUGCUUAGUAUAUAGCUUUAAAUAAUACAGAGAAGAAUGCAGAGUGGUCUUUCCAUUCCAUUCCAGUUUCCUAUUCUAAAUAUUGUUGGACAUAGAUAGCUGUUAACACAGUUAAGUUCUUGUAAAUAUACUAACCCAUUUCAUUAGAUAUAAAUUCUAAAGUAUUUUCCUCAAACUUGUGCACUUUGUUGAAAUCAUAAAGAAUAUUAAUAUUAAUAGGAAUAUUGAUGUCUAAAACAGCAAAAGAAAUGUAUUAUCUGCCUUAACAUGUUUGUAAUUCUGUUUUGUAUGUAAAGCAGAUUUUACAAGGAAUGGAUCAAAAGCCAUGAAAAGUCAUUCCUUAGUGGUAAAUAUGUUUAACUUUCAUCAGUGGUCUAAUCUGCAUUAUGUCCCCCAAUAUAGUGACCAUUGUGAAAUGUUGAAAAAUCCACUAGUCCCUAUUAUGUGAUAUUAUGUGAUGUUAAAUGUGUAUGCUUAAAUUAUUGCUUUACUUGUUAUUGUCUGAAUAGAGAAACUGCGUUGUAAGACAUGAUAUGUAUUGUAAUUAAAUGCUAAAAGAACUGAUUUAAGAUUCCUGCAUAAAUAUCAUGUGCAUAUGAGCUCUGUAAAGAACCUGUUUAUUUGUUUUGCAAAUGUAAAUGCGUCUUUUUUGUCAAUUAACACUGAUACAAUUACAGAUUUAGCCACUCGUA